GCCCGCUACUUCACCCCGGAGACAUUGUUUUCAACCCGGCAGAGCCCGCCCCUUACACUAGGAUCUCACUUCUGAUUGGCUCCUGGUUGUUCGUCAGCGGAUCUGAUUGGUUCCCGUCCAUCGUGAUGAGCAGCGGAAUCUGGGGUGCAGAUCGGUGAUCAUGUCGUCUGUCAGGGAUCAGGAAGCCAUCAGUCGCCUCAUGAUGUUCUUUAAAGAAUGGGACAAUGGGAACAAGGUGACCCGGAGCCAAAUCCUUAAGAACUUCAUCUCCUUCAACCGGGGGCGGACGGUGCCGGAGCUGGAGCAGGAGUUCUCACAGGGCGGCAGCUUGUUCUUAGCGCGGCUCACCACCUGGUUACGCCUGUCAUAUAUGUUCGGGACGUGUUUGGGGGAGAUCCUCCAGUCAGUUUGGAUCUUUCUGGCAGCGGCUGGCAGCGGUCGAUACAAGGCGGAGUUUGUGGAGGUCGGCGGAAUCCUCACUCUGCUGGAAAUCUUAGGCCUAAAACAAUUAAAUGAAGAACACAAGAUGGAGGCGCUGAAGAUCCUCCAGGUUUUGGCAAGAGCCGGACGCAAAUACAAAGAGCUGAUCUGUGAGAGCUACGGAGUGCGUGCAGUGGCUGAGUGUCUUGCAAAAUCCAAGAUGGAAGACACCCAGGAGCAGGCGCAGGUGUUACUGGAGUUGCUGGCCCAUGGGAACCCCAAGUACCAGACCCAGGUGUACAAGGGUCUCAUCGCCCUCCUACCCUGCGCCUCCCCCAAAGCUCAGCACCUGAGUCUACAGACCAUCCGCAUUGUCCAGGACAUUGUACAGAAGCCGCAUCCUGCCAUAGUGGAGCAGCUGUUGGGGACGCUGCGCUCCGUGCACAUGGAGGUGCAGUAUGAAGCUCUGCAGUUGAUCAGAGAUCUGAUGAAGACGGAGGUCCGUCCGGCCGUGUUACAGGGACUCGUGACGCUGCUGAGACCCUCACAGAAAGAUGGAGUCAGGACGAAACCACAGAUCAUAGAAGAUCCCGCUGCCCCCCAGAUGUCGGAACCUUUACCCGUCUUCAUUCAGCAGGCCGCCUGUGCCAAGGCCAUAGGGAUGUUGGCUCGGGAGUCCGCAGAGCUGUGCGAGGAGAUGAUCCGGAUGAGAGUCGUCCAUCACCUACUGUUCGCCAUGGGGAACACGGGACACACGGAGAGUCAGAGACAGGCCAGCCUGGCCCUGGAGUAUUUUGUAUCCAUGUCCCCGGUUGUUGAAGAACAAGUGAGGAUCGCCAUCGGGGAGAAACUCUUCAGGAUGCUGAUAGAUAGUGCCGGGAUGCUGUAUAUGAAGAUGGACUCUAUACAGGUGGACGUUCUGGUCUCCAACCAAGUGAACAUCCCGGGGGUUAAGGAAGUGACUGAGUGAGUGAGGGCAGAGGAUCCAUUAUGGCGAAAUGGAGGACACAGAGGUCACCGGCGGCAGGAGGAGACCCGACCCCAGCGAGGAGGCCGCCAUAUUCUGUAUAACUGUGUAAUAAAGUGUCCAGAAAGAAAGUC